AUGCGCUCCCACAUCCUCGUGGCCCUCGUGGCCCUCUUCACGCUGGCAUGUGCAAUGCCAAUCACACCAUCAGCCCCUCGCCUUCAGAGGCGGGCCGAGCAAUUUCGACUGCUAGGCCUGCGAGAGUUUGAGAUUGCUGAACGCCUAUCGGCUACUAUGUCACCAGCUCACGUCGACACAUGGCGCGUUCACCUCAACAACAAGUUUCAUGCCCUCAUGGAUUCUUUGUCAGAAUCAGACGAAACCAACUCGCUGUACAACGACGAAGUAGACGAAGACUUCUCGGGCGACAUCGCACCUGGUACUCUGGAAUCACCCCAGGCCCUGCCUAAAGCCUCCACCAAAGAAGCAGGCUUCCUUGACAGGCUAUGUGCCAUGUUCCACCGAGCUGAGAGCAGUUUUGGUUAUGAAGGCAAGGAGCUAGAGCUGCGCCGACCCGGAGGGGUGCCAAACUGGAAACAGUCGUUUGGGAAUUUCAAACGGCGGGCUUCAUAA